CAGAUUAUAUCACAGUAAAUGGGUUUGUAGGCGAUAGUGAGUCUUUGAUGUUGGAAAUGUUCCUAACCAAGAAAUAUAUAUUUGGUCUAUAUACAGUACUUACAUUUACUGCAUUUGUGACAUAGAAUUUAUAUUAGCUGAAUGUCCAGAUGUAAUAGUAUUCAUGAAGAGGAGUUGAAUUCUUAAAUGUACUUUUAUCCAGAAUACACGAGUAGUGAUGUACAGUAUAUCCUGUGUUGUGUGUGUACCAUCAGGCAGCAUUGAUUUACAUCUUUAUGUGACAGUGUUUCAAAGAAUUAGAGACUAAAUUUCUGAUUUGAAAGAAAAUAUUGUUGCAUGUUUUAGCUGCAGUGCCUGAAGAGUUUUCACCUUCUUAAAUGUUUUACCCUUGUAUUGUUUCUAUAAAAUGAGUAAUGGUAUAAUUUGGAUUUCAUGAGGAUCGGGCAUGAACAGAACAGUCAGCACAGUUUAUUGGAUUGAAGUCUGGGCUUUUACUUUACUUUACCUACUGCAGAACAUUCACUUUGUUUUCUUUAAACCACAUCUAAAUAUUCUCCCAAGUAGUUCUGUUAUAGAUACUUUGACGAAGGAUUGAUUCUCAUUUGACUGAUGUUUAUUUAUUUAUUUAUUUGCUGUGUGUUAUCAUUGUAGGUUGUUAUUAUCCCUAUUUUCAACACUUCUGCCAGGUAACAACAGAUUAAACUAUGCCACUAUUUAGUUAGAAUUUAUAUAAUAAAUAAAGACCUUGUAUUAGGUAACUGUCUUCUAGUGAAUAAGAUUAAAAUGACCAACCUGACAAAUCCCUUAUCAAGGUGUUACGUAUCAGUAUCACCUUGUUUACUUUGGUAGUUUGUGUCGGUGCCAUUUUUAUUUUCGGCGGCACAGCACAUCUGCGCACGCGCCUGUCACUAGUCCCAAUUACUUGAAAGAAAGAAAAUAUGAAUUGUGUUCUUGAAGGAAACUGCGUAAAAGCUUUUGGGAAGGCCAUUCAUGCCCUGUCACGAAUUGGAGAUGAACUAUGGCUGGAUCCCAUGGUCAAAGGGCUGGCACUUAGAUCAUUGAAUUCAGCUCAUUCUGCGUAUGGCUGCUUCCUCUUCUCGCCACUGUUCUUCCAGAAGUACAACUUGGAGUCAGCAUCCAAAUGCAAAAUGGUCAUGAAGUCGGUGCUGCCACUUUUCCGGAGUUUGACCUCUAAAAAGUGUAACGUGGAGCAAUGUCAGAUAUCAGUCAACACUCAGACUGACAGAGUGAUAAUCCAGUUUUUCUGCAGACAUGGCAUCACCAAAACCCACAACCUGCGUUUCCAGCACAGUGAGACUCUGCAGGCAGAGUUCGCCUCACACCUCUGUCCCAAUGUGCUGAAGGCUCCUGCCAGGCUACUCGGUGAUAUGGUGAUGCACUUUCCUGUGUCUCAGGAGGAAAUCACUCUGUCUCUGACUCCUCAAAGAGUCAUUCUGAGAAAUUACUAUGAGGUGGUUGAUGAUCACAUGAAGAAAAUGUGCACUGAGAUGUGCUUACACCCAGAUGAGUUUGACUACUUUCAGGUCAGAGUGGACUCGGACAUAACCUUCUGUCUGAAGGAGUUCAGGGGUUUUUUGUCCUUUGCAGAGUCACACUGCCUUCCUGUAUCGAUUCACUUUGGUGCUGCAGGAAAGCCUGUGUGCUUCUCUGUGGAGGACAUGGUCCUUGAGGCCACUGUGGUGCUGGCUACUCUGGUCGACUGUGAAACCAGGGCCCCCUCUCAGCCUCCAGAGACACCGCCCCCCUCUACACCAAGGCAGAGAACACUGCUGGCUCCAGACUAUUUUUGCCACCUCAGAAACCGGUCAUUAGCUAGUCACCGUGAUGUGUGUGUUUGCAGGUGUGAAGGGGCUGCUGCUCUCCCUGUGGGUUUAAGCGGCAGCAACGAGGCCCAAAUUGUUCCCGAUUUGACAGAGCUGAUUCCAUCCAGCCAGGGCAGCCCUAUAAUCAACCCAAAUCCUCUGAAGCAUUGUAUACCUGUGAUCAACAACCCCCCCAGUAAACUCAGUGGCAGUGCUGCCACGACUCCUGCCUCCACAACGGUCUGUUCCCUCCUGUUCAGGGCCUUGUCCUCAGAACAGGAUGAUGAUGGUGGUGCCAGGUUUCCUGUCCUGGCCUGUUGCAGUGACGAAGAGGACGAUGAACAUUAUCCAAGAAGCCCUGUCCUCUGAGAGCUGAGCUGUUAAACACUACCCACAUCUCGUCUUUUUGAGAUGCUGCCAGAGCAGGCAACAAUCAUCAUCACUUCAUUUAAGCAGGUUUUAUGCUUAUUGUUUAUGCAGAUGUUGCUUCUUUAAACCAUUUCCAGUGGUACGUUUCCUUGUUUCCAACCCAAUUAUUUAUUAAAUAGUUUUUUGUGCAUUGCAUCUACUGCAAAGA